GCUACGCGAACGCUCCCAAACGUAAACAACAAAACAACUCUCAAAAUGCGAGGAAUACACGCGAGAACCAUGCUUUUAUCAAGAGUUUAUAGGCAUUUUUUCUGCUUCCGAAUGCACCACCAUAGAGUUUCGCAGCUGUUUCAGCCCCUUACGGUAAUACCCAAAGAUGCUACGUUGAAGAAGGAAGAAACGACAUCACUGUCUCAAAAGCUGAUGGUUAACUGUGGUAUACUAAGUUCACGUAGUAACGGAAUGUAUGCCUUCUUGCCACUAGGCCAACGAGCUCUUACGAAACUAACGAAGGUAAUAGACGAGGAAAUGGCAUCUGUCAAUGCUCAAAGGCUUUCUUUACCUCUUCUAACUCCAGGCCAACUGUGGAAAAUAACAGGUAGAUGGGAAUCAACAGGUCAGGAACUGCUGAAGGUGAAAGAUAGACAUGAAAAGGAUUAUGUUCUAAGUCCUACCCAUGAAGAGGCUAUAGUUAACUUCAUUGCUGAUAUUUAUCCCUUUUCACAUCGGCAACUACCUCUUCGUCUCUACCAGAUAACAAGUAAAAUUCGGGAUGAGAUGAAGCCCAGAUUUGGACUCUUAAGGUGCAAGGAGUUUCUCAUGAAAGACCUCUACACUUUUGAUGUAUCUGAGGAGGCUGCUGUUUCAACUUACAUGGAAAUAUGCAAAGCUUACGACCGAGUCUUUCAGCGAAUUGGAGUUCCAUUUAUCAAAGUUGAAGGUGAUUGUGGGAAUAUUGGUGGGAGUUUUUCACACGAGUACCAUUAUCCAGCGGCAAUAGGGGAAGACACACUUCUUCUAUGCCAGAAAUGUGGAACUGCAACUAAUGCGGAGCUCUUGCCUGAUUCCUCCCACACUUGUUCUGGCUGUGGGGAACACUUGACAAAAACCAUGGGGAUUGAGGUGGGUCAUACAUUCUGUCUGGGAACAAAGUACUCCAAGCCAUUGAACUGUUGCUACCAGAAUGAAAAAGGAAAACCUUCAUUGAUGCAAAUGGGCUGUUAUGGCCUUGGAGUAUCGCGUAUUCUGGCUGCAGCUGUUGAGGUUUUAUCACAAGGUGAACAGAUCAGAUGGCCCUGGAUUCUUGCUCCAUAUAAAGUGUGCAUCAUUAGCCCAAAGAAAGGAAGCAAAGAAGCAAAGGCAGUGUCGUGGGUUGACCAUCUGGCGCAGGUGAUCAGCAACAUUCCCUCUUUGCAAGAUGAUGUUAUCAUAGAUGACAGAGAAACAUGGACAAUUGGGAAACGUGUUUUGGAAGCUAAAAAGACAGGAUAUCCUAUAAUCAUUGUUGUUGGGAAAAAAGCUUGUGAAUUAGUUCCUUUGUUUGAAGUAAUUGAUGUGAUUAAAGAAUCAACAGAAAAUCUAACCCAAAGACAAGUACUUGAAUACUUAAGGGAAUAUGUAAAGCACUGUAGUACUUAGUUCCAUGUGAGAUGUACUAUUUUAAUUGAUGCAUUUGCAUUCAGGAAUAUGUAACAAUUUCUACUAGCUUUAUGCAAAGUUUGAGAAUUAAGAGUGUAUAUGUUGCAGUUUAAUAGUAUGUAAAUAUUAGUGUUAUUACAGACAUAUAAGUGUUAAUAGUUUUUCUAUAUCUCUUCAGCAUUUUGAAAACAAAACUGAUAAUGAAGAUAAAGAAAAUGUACAGUUUAUGUAAGAUCAUGAUAUAUGGCUAAUGAAAUCGUUUUGGUCAAAUAUUUCAUAUGCUGGCAUUGGGAAAUAUUUAUAUUAUUUAUAUUAUGUUCAAUAAACAAUGAAAAAAUA